GUCGAUUUAUUCAUUCCUUGUGUAAUUAGCCUCACAAAAACAUUACACUUUUUAAAAUACUGUAACGUUAUGAGCACUGGACUACGUCACGUCACAUGACGGGGCAAAACGCAUUAUUUACAUGAGCAAGGCGGCAAUGUGACACAGCCGAAUCGAGAUCUGUCUGAACCUGUCCAUGUUGACCGACUGAGCAAAAGCCUGGAAUACAGCCUGCGACAUCCUCAGCAUAAUCUCGCCCGUCAUUUUCCAACAGCAGGUUGUCUUAAGCAGGUGGCUGGGGAACAGACCAGGUGUGUACGGACCAGACAUGUGCGGGAGGACUGCGUGCACCCUUGCUCCGGCUGAGAUCAGCCGUGCCUCCAGGUACCGGGACCGUACCGGACGGAGCCGCAGGCCACAGUGGAGGGACGGAGAUGCGGACAAGUACAGACCUUCCUACAACAAGAGUCCCCAGUCUCUAAGCCCUGUACUGCUGUCCCGCAAACACUUCGACAAGAAUGCUCCAGUUGACGAAUGUGUUCUUGCGGUGAUGCGGUGGGGCCUGGUUCCUUCUUGGUUCCGAGAGAAUGACCCCAACAAGAUGCAGUACAAAACCAGCAACUGCCGCAGCGAGAGCAUGCUUGAGAAAAAGUCCUUCAAGGACCCCCUUCUGAAAGGCCAGCGCUGUGUCAUCCUGGCUGAUGGCUUCUAUGAGUGGAAGAGGCAGGAGAAAGGCAAGCAGCCCUUUUUCAUCUAUUUCCCCCAGGGGCAGGGGAAGGGCCCCCUGGAGGCCACAGAGGGUCAUUCAGAAAAACAGGAGGAAAAGGACAGUGAAUGGACAGGGUGGAGACUAUUGACCAUAGCAGGUCUAUUUGACCACUGGACACCCCCUUGUGGUGGAGAGUCACUCUACACCUACACUGUUAUCACUGUGAAUGCAUCUUCCAACCUGCAGGGAAUCCAUGACCGGAUGCCCGCAGUGCUUGAUGGGGAGGAGGAGGUGAGGCGCUGGUUGGACUUUGGGGAGGUCCGGUCGCUGGAUGCUCUGAAAUUACUGCAGUCAAAGGAAAUGCUGACCUUUCACCCAGUCUCCUCAUUGGUCAAUAACUCACGCAACAACUCCCCUGAGUGCCUUCAGCCCCUGGAGCCUUGCAGCAAGAAGGAGCCCUGUCCAUCACCUAGCAGUAAGAUGAUGAGGAACUGGCUGCAGAGUGGUUCACCUGUCAAGAGGAAGGAGCCAGAGCAGGACACCCAAGAUGAAGGGCAAGAUGGGGCAGGGAAAGACAAGCGAGGCCAGCCUGGCAAGAAAGCAGGACUUCUACAGAGCUGGCUCCUCAAAACUAAGACAAACAAGAAAGCCAGGAUUGCAUGAACAGGAGGAAUUUAAUAACAAUUAUAAAUGUUCAUGUGUUUUUAUACUGUGUACAUGUGUAUUUUUUAGAUGGCAGUGACUG